AUUAAAUCGGAAGUAAGUACGUGGCCGCUUCAGGGAGCUCAUAUUCUGCAUGAUGGCGACAGAGGUUCAGAGCGGCGACCUCAACAAUGGCAGUUCUAGCCGGCUCGAAGUCUCAAUCGAUGGCCUCACCCUUAGCCCGGAUCCCGAGGGCGAGCAGGAGCAAGUCUUUGAACCGGACCCCGUGCCCGCGGAGCAGGAGACCGAGGACCAGAGCACCGCCGAAGCCACCGACGAUGGGCAGGAAGGCGAGUCUGCCAAAACCACGAUAGAGAGGAAAUGGGGCUUUGGUUUGCUGGAGCUAUACGGACUAGCAUUGAAAUUCUUCAAAGAUAAGGAUGGGAAGGCCUUUCACCCCACCUAUGAGGAGAAGCUUCGUCUGGUGGCCCUCCACAAGCAGGUGUUACUGGGGCCAUACAACCUCGACGCCUCUCCAGAGGUGGGCUUCUUUGACGUCCUGGGCAAUGACCGCAGGAAAGAGUGGGCUGCUCUGGGUAACAUGGAGAAGGAGGAGGCCAUGGUGGAGUUUGUCAAGCUGUUGAACAAAUGCUGUAAUUUAUUCGCUCCUUACGUCACCUCCCACCAAAUAGAGAAGAAGGAGCAGGAAAGGAAACGGAGGGAGGAGGAGGAACGACAGCGCCGGGAGGAUGAAGAGCGGGAACGACAGAGACAGGAGGAGGAGAGGCGGAGGCUUGAGGAGGAGGAGAGGCUGAAGAGGGAGGAGGAGGAAAGGAGACAGUUGGAUGAGGAGAGGCUACGGGUGGAGCAGCAUAAACAGCAGAUCAUGGCAGCAUUGAAUGCCCAGACAGCGGUGCAGUUUCAGCAAUAUGCUGCCCAACAGUAUCCAGAGAGCCCUGAGCAGCAGCUGGGUCUCAUACGCCAGCUGCAGGAACAACACUACCAACAGUACAUGCAGCAGCUCUACCAAGUCCAGCUGGCUCAGCAACAGGCAGCCUUACAGAAGCAGCAGGAGGAUGCGGUGGUGCAGGCUACCCUGGAGGUCACAACUGAGCCUUCAGCUGCAGUUCCCCUGGCUAGAGAGGAGGUCCCCAUGCUCAACGGCCAGUCAGACUCCCACUCUGAGAGCAUGGACAAAGAGCCAGAACCCCUCGAGCCUGCCGACGAGGCCACUGAGAAUGGACCCAUGGGUACACGCACGCAUCGACCAGCAGACUCUUCCCCAGUCAUCGCGGCUCCCUCCAUGUGGACGCGGCCCCAGAUCAAGGACUUCAAGGAGAAGAUCCGACAGGACGUGGACAGUGUGAUCACGGUGGGGCGUGGCGAGGUGGUGACGGUGCGCGUGCCCACCCACGAGGAGGGCUCCUACCUUUUCUGGGAGUUCGCCACGGACCACUACGACAUCGGCUUCGGGGUCCUCUUCGAGUGGACUGAUGCCACCAACGCCUCGGUCAGCGUGCACGUCAGCGAGUCAAGCGACGAAGACGAUGAUGAGGAAGGGGAGCCUCCCAGGGAGGGGGUGAAGCUUAAGAAGGGGGCAGGGAAGCCCCAGGUGGAUGAGAUAGUGCCGGUGUACCGGCGGGACUGUCACGAGGAGGUCUACGCUGGCAGUCACCAAUACCCCGGCCGUGGAGUCUACCUGCUCAAGUUCGACAACUCCUACUCUCUCUGGAGGUCCAAGAGCGUCUACUACAGAGUCUACUACACCAGAUAAGCCUGGAGAUGGACUGGGGGAGGGUGGCUUGUGUCUGUACGUUAAGAGAGGGGGAGGGGGGGUGAGAGGAUCUGUUCUGGACAAGACCACCAGAGGGGGACAAAAAUGUCAGACUCAGUUUGGAGAUGGGAACUUCUAUCUGUUUGAUGUGUGUGUGUGCAUACACCUCGUCGGAGUUUGGGGGGGGGAGUUAACGCUGUAGUCUAUUCGCCGACCUGUCUUUUCUCUCUGAGACCACCUCUAGGACUAUGUUGUAUUAAUGUCUGUCUUCCCUGUACAAAGGUCAUCUAACCCACAGUCUAUGUUCUGUCAUGUCAUUGUUAUGGCUGUGCUUCUAUCUGACUGAGACGCUUCUUAACCAGUGUUUACAUUUUUCAAGCCCACCAUGGGUUAACACAGAGAUGAAGUUCAUACUGGGUUUUGUCCAAUGAGAGAAGUCCUAGACAGAGUCCAAACAGAGUGACACACUACACUACAGCACCAUGCCUUUGUACUAUAGCAGGAGUCCCUUAUAGACCAACACUGAGUAACACACUCAACUGAACACAGUCAAUCGCUCCUGUAGUGGCAAUACUGCUGCGGAAAGAGCUACACCCAGAUCCACAUGAACGCCUAGCCCCUACCACCUACACCCUACUGGGAUCUGAGAGGGUUGGAUUAUAGGCAUAAGCAAUACGGCUUAUCUGUGCAAACUUUACACAUCUCCACAAGUGCAUAGGGAGAAGGGGCUAGGGGUAGAUUGGGUUCUAUUCUACUGAACGAGGGAUCAUUGAGAAGUGGGGAAGGGUUAUUGGUGGUGGAAGAGGGGAUAUGACAUGUACAUUGGAAAGUAUGGUUGAGGCCUUGUAAAUUUGGGCAUCUCGGAAUGGAAUGCUGAAAAAAGGUGAUUGUCUAAAAAGGAUUUAAUAAAUAUUUAUUUGCCCUUUCUUGUAGAGUAGGAUCAUUUUUGUGUCUGUAUAAUAUUUGGGUGUAUUUCAUCUCCAGUGGCCUCCCUGCUUCAGGAGACAUGUCUCUUUAGUCGUUAGAUCAGGGUUCCCAAAUCGGUGGCCUGCAGGUGAUUAAAAAAAAAUACAAUUAAUUGGUCCCCUAAGUUUUUCUGGUGUAGGACAGAAGACUAAAAUCAACAGGAAAUCAGCUCAAAGUGAUUUACUUUAGGAAAUCUGUUCACAAGUAUUCCCACACAGAAAUAAAAAGGGAUACGAUCACAUAUGCCAAUGUAAUCAAGGUUUAAAAUUAUUAUAUUUUUGUCAAAUGCUUUAUCUGUUUUGGAUUCUUGCAGUCAAUUUGCAGUGUACAAAUUCUAAUUGUUCGGCCUCCUGCCUUUCCGCUCAAGGAGAACUGGUCACAUGGCUGAAUGUAAUGGACCCUGCUUUAGAUGCUUGCUUUUCUUUAUGGCCGCUGGUCUCAGGACAUGACAGGUUUCCAUCCUUAUCGUUUUCACCUAUCGGUCUAUCCCUAUAAGAGGGCAAGGAAAGCAAGCCAGUAAAGAGUAUUGGGACAUACCACAUGUCUGUUCAGAGGGAGACUGGACACUGUCCUCUAUUGGCAAUUGUGUGUUGAGUUUGUCACUAAUUUGAUUUGACUCAUACAUACACGCUGACAGCUAACAAUCCAAGAAGAUUUUUGCCUUUUUGUUUUUGUCAUUUCACUGUUACAUCUCGAUAGCAUUUUAUCUUUCAGAAGUCCACAGCCAAGCACAAUAUUGGCUGUAUUUAAUGUCAUCAUUUGAUGGAUUGAUUCAGAUUCAUCUCAAAUAUGGCUUUGAACUAUCGCUAAUAAACUGGUCAUUCAUGUCUCUGGUUGAGAGUAAUGCUCUCUGGUCGUUCAUGUCUCUGGUUGAGAGUAAUGCUCUCUGGUCACGUCUAGCUCUCUGGUUGAGAGUAAUGCUCUCUGGUCACGUCUAGCUCUCUGGUUGAGAGUAAUGCUCUCUGGUCGUUCAUGUCUCUGGUUGAGAGUAAUGCUCUCUGGUCACGUCUAGCUCUCUGGUCGUUCAUGUCUCGGAGUAAUCAGUUAUUGAGCUCAGACUGAGCUCAGUGUUUAACUCAUGAUUUCUGAGUUUAUUUUGCUGGCAUUAUUUGGUAUUGUUCACCUACCUUACAUCUGCAUGCUUUGUGUUUCACUUGAAGUCAGAUGGCCACCAGGGUUUGUUGAUGAGUUGUUCUUCUUUUGAAAGACUUCGAUGAAUCCUACUGUUUGGUUUCUGAUGGAUAACCAAGUCUCCUUUCAAAUGAGUUGUACAGUGUCAACACGGGUCAGACUUUGGCUUAUCGGUAGGCCUGAUUCUAAUCACGACUCCCUCUCCUAGUUGGAUGUUCCUCGUUGUUUUGUUCAUUUGUUUAAAGUACUUUUGCUCACCAACUAGUAGCCUAAUGAUACAGAUUGUUCAAGCCUUGUAUGUAAAUAAUUAUAAAUGGAUUUUAAGUCUGGGUUCGAGAGAUUGGGGGGGGGGGGGGGGGGGGGGGCGACAAUGGGUUGAGAAGAGAUGCACUGUAGUAUGGUGAAUGAGAUUAUGUAUAUUGUUUCCCCAAAAAGUCUAACUCAAGUGUAAACUGAAAGACAAUGAAAUGUGGAAAAAUGCUCAUCCAUGUUUGUAUUGCUUUGACUGUAUGAUCUGUAUGAGGUUGAAGAAUCUGGGCAUAUAUUUAACCUCGAUUCCAUUUAUGCUCCUCUCUAUUACCUGGAUUUCUUCUCACGUGUUUUUCUUUUCUUUUUACAAUGUAAAUGUUAAAUUGAGGUAAAUUUUGUUCUACUUUUUGUUACAGUCCAGGUGUUACGAUUAUGUAGUAGACCUUCAUCAGUCUCAUUACAGAUGUUUCUUUUGCAAUCUUUUAGAAAUGAUCAUUUUAUAAACGUUGUGUACACUCUGUCCCAAAACAUGUGUGCCAGUUUUCAUGCAAAAUGUGUCAUUUAUAAAAAUGAAAUCUGAGUUGA